AUGCAUCAGCCGUCGACCCCAAUGCACCCAGACCGGCCUGGCAAGGUACCAGAGCUGACGGCGUGCGCCGGAUCUGACAUCAGAAAAGGAUUGGCUCAGACAACGUUGGCUGAAAUACGGCUCUGGCUGCAACACCACCCAGUGGACAUUGUGGUAUUAACGGAGACGCGUUGGAGCUUUUCAUCCACCUGGAGUGACAAAGCAUGGAUGUAUGUGCAUUCGGCUUCAGCUGACUACAAAAGUGGUGGAGUAUUGAUCAUGAUCUCCAGACGUUUGGCAUGCCCAGAGCAAAUUGGCCGUCAGGCCAUUGUGGAGGGACGUCUUGUCCAUGUCCGAGUGCAUUUUGACUCCAGGGCGUUGGACAUCUUGGCGAUUUACCAGCAUGUUGACAACAGGAACAAGAUCUCCGCUCAGCAAAGGGAACAGGCACGACUCCAGGGAAUUUUGAAGCUGCAUGGCCUCACAGCCAUCAACACUUGGGGUGCAUCAGGAUUGCCGGACUUCAGGAGACCCAGGCAUGGCACGACUUACGACAGCAAGUUGUGGAAGCAGUUCAUGCGGACCACCAGGCCCUAUCCCCAGCAUGGCAUCAUCGCAGCCGAUACCAAGUGCUCCAGCGCACACAACAGAAGGCCCUCCGACAGGAGUGUCCGGGAGAUGGUGGCUGCUCAUCGACGUACCACCAAGAACCAGAUUGCCAACCAAGCCAAACUCACCAUUUGUGGAGGACUCUCAUUGUUUCUGGACUUGAACCGGGCAUUCGACAGUGCAGACAGGCGUGCCAUUUUUGAACAUCUCAUCCAAUUAGGCACUCCGCCCAAUUUGGUGCAGUUGGCAGCCAGCUGGCAUGAAGACACUCAUUACAACCUUUCAUUCAGAGGUGCCACCACAUCAGUCCCUGUAGGGAAAGGCCUACGACAAGGAUGUAAACUGGCCCCCCUGUUGUGGGUGAGUUUCAUGGAUCUUUUGCUGAGACAGGUCGCCCAAAUCACUGGCUAUCAAUGGGUACAUGAUUGCUUGACAAUCUACGCAGACGACGUGCAUGUAGGUUGCCUGUACCGAUCCAAACAUGAACUUCACACUCAUUUGGUGAACAUUGGCCAUACCCUAGAUGUGAUUGAGAACAUGAAGCUGUCUCUGUCUUACUCCAAGUCCCACAUGCUGAUUGCCUAUGCUGGCACAAAUGCACGGGUAGCUCUCAAAGGCGUUUUGCAAAGAACGCCCACGGGCGCCAGCAUCCGUGUGCCCCGCCUGGGAAGAGAACAUACCUGCUUGCCGCUGCGCAGUAAGGGAUCUUACCUUGGUGUUUGCAUCAGCUAUCAUGCCUUUGAACUACAGACUUGGAACCAUCGCAAACAAGCCAGCUGGUUAGCAUUUGCCCGGUUGCGUGCAUGGCUCAGAAGCAGACAAUUGACGCGUGCCCAUCGCAUGUACUUGUGGAAGACUUGUGUGUUUACGGUGCUAACCUAUGGUCUACUAGCCACCAAUGUGACCAUACCAGUCCUUCUCGACUUUCAGGGCACUGUAUACAAAAUGGUCCGCACAGUGCUACAAGACCAUUCGUAUAUUACGCACACCACACAUCAAGCUGCAUUCCAACAGCAUCGGAUCGAUCCCCCGCUUGAGAUGCUUCGAGCCCUUGCCAUGGGCCUGCUGCAACGCAUCCAGAGGCACGUCAGCAAUGUCCUCACUGCCACUUUGCCACAGAUUCCAUUCCCAAUUUGCGCAGUGCCUCCCAUGAUGCCCACAUCGCCCACAGAUGUACGGCUCACGCCAAUGCCAGCCAGAGAUCAUGUGUAUCGGCACUUUCAGGUGUCAACACAGCCGUUCUGGCCUGAGUUAGAGCGUUGCCUACACAACGAUGAUUGGCCCACCCUUUGCCAGCUGUCGGUGGGUUUGGAACAUCUCACACACCACUGCGCCAUAUGUGGUACAUGGUGCAACAGGUUUCAGGAAUUGCACAGCCACUACCGCCUCUAUCAUGAUGAACAGUUGAAGGGUGGAGUUGUCAAAGGGGCCCAACUCACGCAUGUGAUGCAACUGGUCUCACCGUGUGCUCUGUGCGCCAAGCAGUACAGCAGGGUCCAUAGCUGUCCAGUGACGUUCCAGCUUGGCAUUCUCAGGCUUCAGCUACAGGAACCAGACAUCCGUGCUCAGCAGGAACUGACAUGUGAAAUUUGUGUUCAGCAGUUUGAUGAUCAGGGACAACUGUAUCAGCAUAUGGCCAGGGACCACAACCACACACUGAACGACUGGGUCCCUUCUAGGGACUCUGUUCAGGGCAGUGACCAAUGCCGGCACUGCUCCAUGCAGUUCGACAGUCGCUCAGGCCUGCGACGUCACAUCACUGAGGGUAGAUGCGAUGCAUUUGAUCCAUUGGCUUCACACAAUCCCAUGGACAAUACCCACAAAUGGAGCGCAUGGCUGCAUAAAGGGGAUUUUUCUCCCAAUGGCCUCUCAGCACACCAGCGGCUUCAGUUGACUACCACAUGUCAGUUUUGUGAGGCCAAGUACAUGCGCACAGGCGACGUUGUGGCGCAUCUACUCCAAUCACAUGGACCACUGUGGAACUCAUCGCAAUCCAUGCUGAGGUACCUCCUCCAGGUGGUCAUGGCCUCCAGAGGUUGCAUCUGUAACCCUCAGGCGCAUGAAGUGGGACUUGCUCACAUUUGUACACCAUUGCGUCAGGUUGCGAUGAUGAUGGUCAACAGUGAUGUGCAGCUCUUGGUCCCGACUCAGUUUCAUGUGGACACACUGGCACCCAUGCUCACGCCAUUGCGGGAUGAAGCCCUGACACAACAGAUGAUUGCUUCCCUAGUCUCCAGGGACUUUGCCAAGCUCUGGACUGAUGCAACGGUGGUGCAAGCCCUAUUGCCUUCCAACUGCAUGACCUGUUGCCAAAGCUGCAGUCGCAAGAUUUUCAGUGCACGUUGUGCCAACAAGUUUACAAUUUGCCUGCAACUGACAAUGAUCAGCAGCUACAACAAAGAAUGCAAAUCCAACGGAGUCAUUUUGUCUCAAGCUGCCCGGUGGUCCUCCAGCUUGCCACUCUGCUACAGCCUCUUCAUGGACGCUCUGAUGGAUCCCAACGACCAGGCUCUGAUGGAGGGACUUGCAGCCCUUGGCCCUCUCCUAUUGGGGUCUCGGAAACAGCAAGAGGGAAGCGUCGAAGAACAGCAUCCCAAGCGGCACAAGGCCAAGGCCAGGGACGACCAAGAGCACGACGGGCUCAACAAGGAGGCGAUCACAACACUCCUUCGCCUGAUGGGACAACUUCUUCUCAGCCACGAGAGGAGCAUCCAGCUGAACCAAAGACAGGACUGCUUCGUUUUGUUCUGCCAAAAUCGACCGGAGGGCAUAAUUCCUCAUCUGGCGACGUUGGCCAGCAAGUGGCGGGAGGAUUUGCCCCAGCAGAAGGACAACAUGAGAUGGCCCAACCUCAGGACCUACCUGAUGAAGGGAGUGAUCACAGAACUCCACCGACGGGUCCAACAGCUGGCAUCCAGCAAACCAGGCGAUCAGCAAAGGCACCAUUCACCCGGACGGGAGCUGGAGCUACCAGAAGUGGUCACCAGAGCAGAAGCAGCUGAUCAAGGCCUCCCGCAGCCCAGUGGCCAUGGCACAGAUGCUUCGGAAUCUCCAGAUCUUGGAGGAGCACUUCCAGAGCAACGCACACGUGGUGCGGUUCCAGAGCCUCAAGAACACCCAGAGCAGCCAGGAAGCAAUCCCGUGGAUCUUACAGAUCUCACAUCGAGAAGCCGAAGCCUGGGAACUCAUGGUGGAGCUCUGCCACAACACAGUGUGGUCGUUGCUAGGAAUGUCGGUCAAACAGCAUUCCCAGGUGCUCUCGAAACCGGCCUUGCUCCUUCAACAAGCCAUGGGCAAAGGCCACAACCCCCAGGGGAAGAGCCGCGGCCGCGGGAAAGGCAAGACCUCUCAGAGCCCUUAGAAGCUGCAGCCCGACAAAGCUUGCGCGACCGCGCUUUGCAGCUUGCCAUGGCCAAUCCGGGGAAUGACUGCUAUGCCAAUAGCGCUUUUGUGAGCAUGAUCUGGGCCACAUUAUCCAGAUCUGCAUUCACAUUUCAAGAUUGGGGCGCACGAUCAGCCAUCCUACAGCAAACCCUUGAACAUGCAGAUGGGACCCUUUUCUCACUUGAAAACGCUUCAUGGUUUCAGCAUUUAAUAGAGGGUUGGAAUGAGGAUGGGGAGCAGGCUGACAGUGCGGAGUUUACACACAUGCUAUCCAGCUGGACUGCAAUGUCGGCCAUAUCCAACUGCUGGGAGCGCCGAGUGCAAACAGAACAAAGCACUGUGUUGCAUGAUGCAGGUGACAAGUUCAUGCCAUUGACACUGCAAUUUGACCCUCAACUUGUCGACCAUCAUGAAAUCCAACUGUCAGCGCUGCUUAGGACGUGGCACACCGAGCUUGGUAUGCUGGCUGGACUCACGGACCCUGAGGACUUGCUGCUUUUGCAUGUGGACCGCAUGACUCAUGCUCCUGACGGUACGGUUGCCAAAUGCCAAGCGGCCCUUCGGUUUGGAUGGGAAGUUCAGAUCCCGGUCUUGGGGUCCCAUACAUGCACAUGGAUGCCAUACACCGUGAUUGCCUGCAUUGCCCAUUUGGGAGGUGCCCAGAACGGCCAUUACCAGGCCAUCCUCCGUACCUAUCCAGAAGUCUCGGACCUGGCCAGGUAUCACAUGCCUUUGGAUGUGCCAGACGAACAAGGCCGACCUCCACAGACUGAUGCCAGGCCAUAUGAGAUGGGCCUCAUUGCCAUUUUGGCGUUGUUUCACUGCGGCAUUUUGCUAAGCCGACUACAGACUGAUCGCAAUAGCGUGGGGACUCCCUCCUGGGAACACAAGGCGUAUGCAGUCAUCAACAGACUUGACGUCCCACAACAGACAGACAGCUAUUGCUCAACCUCAUUGGCACAAUUGGAUGCCGGGCCAACCAUGGAUUUUUUUCACAAGAGGAUGCUGCAUUUUAAUCUUCUCCAUGCAGUUGGACCUGCAACCACGCUGCAACCAUUCCCACAGCCCGGGACAGAUGCAAUUGUGCUGCUGCCGGACCUUCUGUUGCAGUGGGAGCACACCAAAUCGCCACAUGAACAGCUCUGGCUCUUUUCUGACCUUAUUUGCAGGGUGGUUCCUGCUUCCGAGCAACUUUACAUGGACCUACAGGAUGCAAUGGAGUUUCAACUUUCACCACAGCCUUUGCCUGAAAGCUACAAUUCAUCCUUUUUGCAAUGGACUCAAUGGACCUAUGCUGACCUUUUCUGCAGGGUGGUUCCUGUUUUACAAUAUUUCACUGACCUAUUCUGCGGGGUGGUUCCCGAAACAAUCCUACAAUUUGAGAUGAGGCGUAUGACAGGACAGAUCACAACCUUCAUGGUGCCAACGAUGCAGCUUUUGGUUGACGCUACAGACCUGAUAGAUUCAAACUGGCACGCGCUGCACUCGGGGACAAGUGAAGAUGCUGCUGAUGGAGUUUUGGUGCUCUUCAAUGCCCGCAGCAUCCAGGCCUCCCAGAUCGGAUUUUCAGGUUUCACAUACUUCCAGCGGCAAAGGUGCAGACUGGACUGGCGCACUGGUGCUCCUCAAUGGGACCACAUGUUGCAGGCUACUGGACACCUGCUCCAGGACUUGUGCAGCCAGCCUACUCCACCAACAGACCCGGUUCAGGUUUUUCAUGAGACCCUUGGGCCGUGCUUUCAUGAGUUUUAUCCACAGAAGCAUCGAGCUCCAAAGUCUGCACAAGAUCACCAUGCUGCCUUGAUCCAAGAAAAAUGGUUUUACCACAGACAAGUCAUGCAAACCCGUGCGUUGACUCUUCAGGCUCUGUUUCAUGUUUGGAAGUGUCGCAGCAGAUAUGCAGCUCUGAACCGGACGCACAAACAACAUACGAAACUCCUGAAGCAGCAACGUUUUUAUGACCUUCUGAGUUCUGUGCAACAGGCAGCACAACAUCAUGACAGCUUUGCAGUGCAUCAAAUAAUUUCCCAGUAUACUCCGAAACAGCCCAAACGUCGGAUUCAGCUGAGAAAUGCAGUUGGUGCCCCUGCCACACCUCAUGAAGGGCUUUUGAUCACCAAAGAAUUUGUGGAGUCCACUUGGGCAGGACCAUCACAUGUUGACCUAGGUGAUCGAGCUCCACCAGGAGUACCCUUUACGAUCCAGGACCUUGAACAUGAGUUGCAUCGCCUGCCACACAACCGCUCAGUGGCGAAGCCAUUCUUGCCGGCCAUUGUGGUCAAGAUGCAUGCCUCAACCAUUGCAUCAUGGUUGCACCACCUGUUGACCCAUUGGUGGUCCACUGAGACUCCCUUUAUCCCGGCCCAGUGGAAACGUGCUUGGGUGACGUUCAUACCCAAACCCAACAAGAGUCCAAGCCAGGUCAGCAACUUGAGAUGUAUAGCGUUACAGGAGCCUUUGGGCAAGUGCGUGCUAGGAGCUCUCACAAAAAAAUUGCAGUUGGCGGUUGGUCCCACCCUUCAGCAAUGGCCCCAAUAUGCAUUCCUUCCCUUGCGUUCCACAGGUGAUGCCAUACGUAGGGUUGCUGCCCAUUGCAAUGAAGUCCGCAGCUUGGUGAAGAAUCAACGCAGAUCAGCGCAUCAGCGUGCAGCCAAUGUUGAGUUCUUUUCUUGUUGUGGGGGAAUCCAGAUUUUUUUGGAUAUACAACGUGCCUUCGAUCAACUUCCCAGGCAAGCCCUUUUCGAGCACCUGGACACACUGCACGACCAAUCUGAGCUAACAACACUGAUGGCUCACUGGCAUUCCCAAACGGAUUACUGCAUUGAACAUUCAGGUGAGACUGCCCUUGUUUCUACAGGAUGUGGCGUGCGUCAAGGUUGUCGUGCCGCUCCACUGUUAUGGAACAGCUUUUUGGAUCAGAUGUUUCGCACUCUUGCCCAACAAAUCUCUCCUGAGUGGGUCAAACAGACGCUGACAGCAUUUGCAGACGACAUCCAUCAAGGCACAGUUUUUCGAUCCAGCCAACAACUGCAGCUUGAAAUGACAAGGAUUGGACUGCUUCUUGACACGUUGGAAAAUAUGGGCCUGACCCUAUCCCUUGAAAAGUCCUGCAUCCUGCUGGAGAUUGCCGGCUCCCACUGCCGUAAGAUUCGAAAUAGGCUUUUGAAAUAUGAGGGUUCACAUGCCUUUAUUGACAUCCCCCGUGCCAAUGGACGCACCAGCCGCAUCCCGGUGAAAAGGACUGCUGACUACCUGGGGACCUGUCUCAGUUAUGGCAACUAUGAACAGCAGACAUUUGACAAAAGGGUUCACUGUGCACGCCUCACCUUUCACAGAUUGCGUCGAUGGCUUUGCACUUCCCAAAUUGCUUUGCGUCACCGCCUGUUGCUUUGGAAAGCCUGUGUCCUGUCCACACUCAUGUAUGGCAUUGUUGUGCAGACCAAUGUAUCCCCUGCUGACGACAGCCUGCUUGAGGUCAGAUCUUGUGACAAGAACAUGAACCUUGAUGCCUUGCUGCGUGAAGAGGAGGAACAGCGCAUUUUGCGCAUGCACCAGAGCCUCACCGCCGCACUGCACACAAAGCCUUAUGGGGAUGCCCUGCUCCAGCUGGUGACCAAUCAUGACUGGAAUGGUCUAGCUGACUUGCGGCCAGCUUGUGAGGCGCUCUCAACGCAGUGCUGUGUAUGUCCACCGGAAGUGCCACCAGCCGCUGCCCUGCGUUGCGAGGUUUGUGGACUCAGAGCUGAACACAUUGAUGAUUUGCACAAACAUUUGGCUUCAGUACACAGGUUAGCUUUUAAUGAUUGGCAGCCUGAACGGGACCUCAUGGGCAAGGAUCCAGCUUGCUCUCACUGUUCCAAGUGUUUCACCAAUGUUUCAGCAGUCAGGCAGCAUGUGACGCUGGGGCAAUGCAGUGAGUUCGACCCUCAUCGCUCACCUUUUCUCCUGCCCAUAGCCGAGAUUUGGACCACAGCCUUGGCGACAGGGGACUUGCAACCAGUUUUGUCUGAUCCGAUGCUCAGGAUGCGCAUGACGCUGCACUGUGCCCAAUGUGGGGCUGCCUACAUGCGAUCUGGAGAUCUGAUUCUCCAUCUGCAGACGGCUCACUCAGCCAUGUGGGGCCAGGCGCAAGCCCUCACCAGAUAUCUGAUGAAGACAUUGAUGCCACAACACUCUUGUGUGUGCAAUCCCAGUGUUCAUAAGGUCACUUUGACCCAUGUUUGCCCUUUCUACCGUCAGAUGGCUAUGCUUGCGGGACGCUCUGCGGUACCCCUGUUCCUGCCGUGGCAAUCAGAUAGGGAGAGCCUUGCCCUGAGCUUGCACCACAGUCAAACGCAUGCAGUUAUGGAUCGCCUGGUUAAAUGCAUUCAUACAAGACAGCUACGACAGCUCUUGCAAGACAAUGCACUUCAGGCCUUUCUCCGGGAACAUUGUGUGAUAUGUGGUGGUAUUUUUCACCCUGCCCUGCUGCGCGACCACAUCCUGCAAGUCCACUCCUCAAAUUUGGACAGAGUCGUUGAUCUACUGCCUCUUUUAUUUGAUGAGUUUCAGAGGGCUUCUCAUACGGACUAUCAAUGCGCACAAUGUCAUCAGAUAUUCAACCUGCCAAUGCUUGGAGCUUCCAAUUUAGCUGAGCAACAAUCACGGCAGACACUGGUUCUAGCCCACUUUCAACAGUGCCCCGUCGUUCACCAAGUGAGCCUGCUGCUGACCCAUGGACUCUGCCGAGACUCCGUCCAUGCCAGGCAGGGAGACGCAGGAGCUUCUGGAAACAUUUGCGGCAAUGGCCCCACUGCUGUCGAAGGCCACACAGAAGGCAAAAGGAGACGAACGGGAUUCCAAGAAGGCCAAAAUUCAGCACAAGCCGACAGAAGAGGCUCAACGUCUGGACCUCCAACCAGUGGUCUUGCAGAUGGCCAAAUUGCUCAUCCGGAUGGACGCCGAUCAGAAUCUUCUGAGAAAACAAGACUCCUUCGUCUUUUACAUGCAAAUGGAGGAGGAAUCGGUGAUCCACAUACUGAGCAAGCAGGCCAAGCAGUGGCACCAAGAGAUGACCCAGCAGGAAGGCCAGAUGAAAACACAGGAGUGGAAGCCAUUGAGAGCGACGCUGAUGCAGACGAUGGCCGAGACCCUCCAGAUGCGCCUCCACAAACCGUACUCCUGCAAGCAGUCGGAUCCACUGUUUCAGACAGCAAUGCACCACAAUCUGGUGAACGACAAGGGAGAGUUCUUCUUCCAGAAAUGGGAUGCCUCCAGCCAGAAAUUGGUGCAAACCAGCCAAGCACCAGUGGGCAUGGACAGGAUGAAACGCUACGUGGAUCAGCUGGUGGAGACCCUUCAGGACCCGGCCAAUGUGGUGAAAUUCCACGCCUUGAAGGCGUCAGGGGAUCAGAGGGUCACUCCUUGGAUUCUCCAAGUGGCUCUUCGUUGCGACGAACUUCAGACUCUUUUGGAACAGCUGAUGGGAUGCAAGGUAUGGAACCUCUUGGGGGCCACCCUCAAGGCCCAUUCUCUUCCGCAGAGCAGCCAGGCGGAACACCUGAAGUCCCUGAUCGGCAAAGGGAAGAGCGCUGGGAAGGGCAAAGCUCAUCGCCGAUGAUGCCGAUGUCAGAUGAACACAGACAUGCACUGCUGCUUGCAAUUGGCACCCUGGCACUUCUCAAUGCCGGGAACCCCUUUGGGCUGUGGUGA